GCAAAGGAGCUCGAACCGCCCGGCCUGCUUCGCCUGCCUGUCGUUCCAGACAUCCGCGAGUUAAUCGAAGUGGACGAUGUCAUGGAAGACGAAUCCUUGAGGUUCGCUGGCGGGCUGGUGUUCUGCAUGGAGUACUUCGCCAAUAACUUCAGCUGGCUGGAGGAGAGCCUCGGGCACGUGGAGGAUGACUACGUGCUGUUCGAUUGCCCAGGUCAGAUUGAACUCUAUACGCAUCUGCCUGUGAUGAAACAGCUGGUGGAGCAGCUUCAGCAGUGGGAAUUCCGCGUCUGUGGAGUUUUUCUUGUGGAUUCUCAGUUUAUGGUGGAAUCUUUUAAGUUUAUCUCCGGGAUCCUGGCAGCACUCAGUGCGAUGAUAUCUCUAGAGAUUCCACAGAUUAACAUCAUGACCAAAAUGGAUUUGUUGAGCAAGAAAGCCAAGAAGGAAAUAGAAAAGUACUUAGAUCCAGAUAUGUAUUCCAUGAUUGAAGAUUCUACAAAUAUAUUGAAAAGCAAAAUGUUUAAAAAACUGACUAAAUCUAUAUGUGGGCUGAUUGAUGACUAUGGCAUGGUUCGAUUUCUACCUUUUGAUCGCUCUGAUGAGGAAAGUAUAAAUAUAGUUUUGCAGCACAUAGACUUUACCAUUCAGUAUGGAGAAGACCUUGAAUUUAAAGAACCCAAGGAAUGCGAAGAAGAUAAAUCUGCACUUGUGGAUGAAUACUUUCAAGAUCAUGUGGAUGAGUAA